AUGAAAAGAACGUUUAAGUCUAUGGAUGGCAAUAAUGCAGCGGCAUGGGUUUCGUAUGCGUUUACUGAAGUAGCGGGUAUCUAUCCCAUCACCCCGUCAAGUCCUAUGGCAGACUACAUCGAUCAGUGGUCGGCGCAGGGGCGUAAAAAUAUUUUUGGUAGCCCCGUUAAAGUUGUUGAAAUGGAGUCCGAAGGUGGUGCUGCAGGUGCGGUCCAUGGUUCGCUGGGAACUGGUGCUCUUACCGCUACCUACACCGCUUCGCAGGGACUUUUGCUCAUGAUACCUAACAUGUAUAAGAUUGCCGGUGAAUGUCUUCCCGGCGUUUUUCAUGUGAGCGCCCGUACGGUUGCCACCCAUGCUCUGAGUAUUUUUGGCGAUCACUCUGACGUUAUGGCAUGUCGUCAGACGGGUUUUGCGAUGCUUGCCGAAAGUAAUGUUCAAGAAAUCAUGGAUCUUUCACCGGUGGCGCACCUUGCGGCUAUUGAGGGGAGCGUUCCCUUCCUCAAUUUUUUUGACGGCUUUCGUACGUCACACGAGAUUCAAAAGGUUGCUGUAUGGGAUUACGAUGAUCUUGCUGAUAUGGUCGAUAAAAAAGCUGUUCAGGCAUUCCGUGAUCAUGCUCUAAAUCCUGAACAUCCUCACAGUCGUGGCGGCCACGAAAAUGGUGAUAUUUUCUUUCAGCACCGUGAGGCCUUAAAUCCUCUGUACCUCAAGAUUCCCGGCAUUGUCGAAGCAUGUAUGGGAAGGAUAAAUAAAAAGCUGGGUACUGACUACCAGCUGUUUAACUACUACGGUGCACCUGAUGCUGAUCGCGUUGUUGUCGCCAUGGGUUCAUUUUGCGAUACCCUCGAAGAGGUCGUCGAUUAUCUCAAUGCUCAUCAGGAAAAAGUCGGACUUAUAAAGGUUCGACUCUUCCGUCCGUUCUCAAUUGAGCACUUUGUGAAGGUGUUGCCGGCGUCGGCCGCCAAGGUUGCGGUACUUGAUCGCACAAAAGAGCCCGGUUCUAUCGGAGAACCUUUGUACCAAGAUGUUGUUUCAGCGCUUUAUCGUGCUGGCAGAGCGGACGUAUGUGCGGUUGGCGGUCGCUAUGGCCUUGCAUCCAAGGAUGUUACGCCGGCGGCAGGUUUUGCCCUUUUUGAAGAGCUGAAAAAAGAUACUCCAAAAAGUGAAUUUACCCUUGGUAUUUGUGAUGAUGUAACACAUCUUUCGCUUGCAGAAGAUCCUGAUGCUCCCAAUACCUCAACGCCCGGCACCAUUGAGUGCAAAUUCUGGGGUCUUGGUGGCGAUGGUACGGUUGGUGCCAAUAAGAACUCAAUUAAAAUUAUCGGCGAUCAUAGUGACAAGUACGUUCAGGCAUAUUUUCAAUAUGAUUCCAAAAAGACCGGUGGUGUCACUAUUAGUCACUUGCGUUUUGGCGAUGCACCCAUUCGCUCAUCGUAUUAUGUGACUAAGGCAGACUUUGUGGCCUGUCACAAUCCAACCUACAUCACCAAAGGUUUUCGUAUUGUACAAGAUGUUAAGCCCGGUGGAACACUUCUGAUCAACUGUCAGUGGGAUAUAGACGAACUUGCUCACCAUCUCAGUGCGGAGGCGAAGCAAUAUAUUGCUCGUAACAAUAUCAAACUUUAUAUUAUUGAUGCUACUGAUCUGGCGGUGCAGGUUGGUAUGGGCAAGCGUACCAAUACGGUGCUACAGUCAGCAUUUUUCUCCCUGACUCAGGUACUUCCUGUUGUUGAUGCGCUGCAGUAUAUGAAAGAUGCUGCCACCAAGUCAUACCUUAAAAAAGGUCAGGCUAUCGUUGACGCCAAUCAUAAAGCUAUUGAUGUAGGCGCUACGGCAUACACCGAGGUCGAAGUUCCUGCUUCGUGGGCAAAUGCCUCGGAUGAGCAGAGUACGUUGCCCCUCAAGGGACGCGCUGCUCUCGUAAAGCAAGUGAAAGAAUUACUCCGUCCUAUCAACAAUAUGGACGGCGACCGUCUACCGGUUUCCGCUUUUACUGCUCAUGUCGAUGGACAAUUUGAGCUUGGUGCUAGUGCAUACGAAAAGCGUGGUGUUGCUGUUAAUGUGCCUCAUUGGAAUGAGAGUACGUGUGCACAGUGUAAUAUGUGUGCUUUCGCCUGUCCCCAUGCGACUAUUCGACCCUUUGCUCUUACGGAAGACGAGGUAAAAAAGGCUCCCGAUGCUCUGCGCACCGCUGAGCUAAAGGUGCCGAAAGAUACGGGACUCCACUAUACGUUGGCGAUAUCGCCGCUUGACUGUAUGGGCUGUUCCGUGUGUGCUGAGCUAUGUCCGACAAAAUCGCUGUCGAUGGUGCCUCAGGCCGACGAGCUUGAUCAACAAGAGGUAUUUAACUAUGCGGUCGAUGAGGUUUCUGAAAAGCCGGAGCUUCAAGGUGCUACCGUUAGGGGAAGUCAAUUCUUCCAACCUCUGCUAGAGUUUUCUGGUGCCUGUGCUGGUUGUGCUGAGACGGCAUAUGCGCGCCUCGUAACGCAGCUUUACGGCGACCGCAUGUUCAUUUCAAAUGCUACGGGUUGUUCUUCGAUUUGGGGAAAUCCUGCUGCUAUAUCGCCGUAUACGGUCACCAAAGCGGGGCGUGGUCCUGCGUGGAAUAACUCCUUGUUUGAGGAUAAUGCUGAACAUGGACUGGGCAUGGCUAUCGGGUACGCUUCGCAGCAAAAUCGUUUAGUUAUUUUAGCUCAUGCGUUGAUUGAAAAAACUUCGUCAAAUGAGCUUAAAGCAGCUGCUCAAGCGUGGAUUGAUGCUAAAGAUGAUCCGGUAAAGAGCAAGGAAACCGCUGAAACAUUCAUCACUUUGCUUGAAAAAGACUCCUCUGAUCUUGCACAAAGCAUUCUUGCUGAUAAGAGCUUCCUUACUAAGAAGUCCUUCUGGCUUUUCGGCGGUGACGGCUGGGCUUAUGACAUUGGAUUUGGAGGACUUGAUCACGUGCUUGCCUCAGGACGAGACCUCAAUGUUUUUGUUUUCGAUACUGAGGUGUAUUCGAAUACGGGCGGUCAGGCUUCUAAAGCAUCCAAUCUCGGUCAGGUUGCCCAAUUUGCCUCUGCUGGUAAGGACGUUAAGAAAAAAAGCCUCGCUGAGAUUGCCAUGACGUAUGGAUACGUAUAUGUUGCUCAGGUUGCCAUGGGUGCAAAUAUGGCUCAGACACUCAAGGCUAUAACAGAAGCUGAGGCAUAUCCUGGUCCGGCACUUAUUGUGGGCUAUUGUCCGUGCGAGAUGCAUUCCAUUGCCGGUGGUAUGAAGAACUGUCAGGCUGAGAUGAAAAAGGCUGUCGCGUGUGGCUAUUGGAAUCUUUUCCGCUUUAAUCCU